GGGGAGGCAGCGUCAUUCUGUCAAUCGCUCUAACCUUUAUCUUAUUAUUUACGGUGAAUGGUUUUAUCAGCCGUGUCUUGUUGUAUUAAAUGCUCUUUUCUUUUGUUGAAGUGAUCAGAAGGAAAAACAGAGCCGUGGAAACAAAUAACGUGAACUUUUGAGCAACUUUUCGACGAAGUUUGUUUUAGGAAUUAGUCGACGGAAAUAAAACCAGGAAAGCUGAGGAGGAGACUGUGCUGGUGAAGAUGUCCGGAGGAGAGACCCUAAGAGCAGCUGUAGAGCAAAGGCUCAUGGGGGUCUUGCAGGAGGUCCUGGAGCUGAUUCAGAGCACAGUCGACCAGUACGAGUCCCAGCUAAAACAGUGCAGAGAGGAGGAGAGCAAGAGGCUUAGGGGGGAGAGGUUGCUGCUGCUGCGGACUGAGACUACAGGACAGUCCAGGGAAGCAGAAAAGGAACAAAAUGAGAUGUUCAUUGAGACUAACAUCAAAGUGGAAGAACCAGAUCUAUGGAGCAUCUCUGAGACCCAACCCCAGCUCAGGGCCCCUGCCUCAGGCUUAAAGAAAGACCCACCACCACCUACAACUACCCAACGCCACCCCCAUGAGCAAGACCACGAGAAUCUAACCCCCAACCACAAAACCAAGUCUGAGGACAGCGACGAGGAGUGCCCGAUCUGCAGACAGCUGGACCUACAUCAAAAAGAAGAGUUAACUGAACAAGCUUUAACCACAGAAACCACUGUAACCAACACAAGAUGCAACAAUGAAAACACUCAAACUUCAAAUCAAGAAGAAAGCAUCAAACCAGGAGAGUUUGAAAACAUGGAAGAAAAAAGCAAUGAGGACGUCCAAGGAUAUUCUGACAGUGCAAAGAAAUUGCUUCAGAAUGUUUGUGAACAGGAGAGACAGGAGGAGGAAAAUGCACAAAAAAGAACAGUGACAGAUCAGGAGAUGGAGCCAAACUGCAGACAGACCUGUAAAGAAAUGCAAGAAGAAACUCUGGUAAGCUCAGGUUUAAAAAAUCAUCUGGGAAAUGGAAUAGACAAUUCAACUUUGGUCGAAAUAGAGAAAGAAGGACCAAAUGAAAAUGCUGGAAAAUUUGACACACAAAAUUCAAAUUAUGCAGAGGGAGGGUUGUCUAUAAAUGAGGAAGAUUUAAAAAGCCGAAAUAAUGUGGAUUCUAAAAGCAAUGGUAGUUCUGAUGAUACACAGAUAUCGAUUGACCAAGAGAGAAAGAAAGAGGGAGAGCAUUCACAAAAAGGUUUAAAAAGAACAGUGACAGAUGUAGACCAAGAAAUGGUGCCAAAGUGCAAAAAAAAAUCUUCUGAAACGCAGGAUGAAACUAUCGAGUCAGCAAAAGUGGUUAGCACAAGUUUAGACAACUAUUUUGGAGAUGCAAUAGACAAUGCAAUGUCUGACCCAAAGGAGCAAGAAACCCUUAACAAGAAGAAAUCCAUUUUAAAUGUACAAUAUUCAAAUUCUAUGGACAAGGGACAGUCUAUAAAUGAGCAAAAUCAGGACAGUACAAGUUUAGAUCCAGAAACACAACAAAAUAAGUUAUCGGAUGAAGAAAACACAAACGUACAAGAUGAAGUACUUUGGCUGACACAAAAUAUGGUCAAAAAGCUGCCUACUGUAAGGCUUGUACCGUUGAAAAUUACUAAUAUAAGUGCGCAAAAUGGAGUGCAGAUGAUGAAAUCUAGCAUCAGAAAACCAGCACUGAGUCCACAAAGCAUUUUAAAGGAGAAUUUAGAGAAACAGAAAUUGUGUGAAACCCUGAGGAGUGAUGAGAGCCAACAAAAUUCUGUCCAAAAUUUGCAGAAAUCGACCAACACAAGAAUGUUUACAAAAUCUUUGAGCGGUCCUGCAAGAAGUUCAGAGUUAGUUAAGUCACCAAGCAUGCGUUCAAGUCCUAAAAAAGUCUCACAAAAAGACCAAGAAAAGAAUAGUGAUAUGUUAUUGGAAAAGCAGCAGAGUAGUAGGGCACAGAAUAACAUUAGGAAAGCAAAACAAAAUCAUGGUAAAGUAGAUUUGGAAAGUUCUUCUGAUAAAAAUAAUUACAACUACAAAAUUCCCAGCGAUUCAGGAAAAAGUAAAGAAGAUCGUAAUUCAAAAAUCAAAACUGUACAGUCAGGUCCAGUAACUGACCAACAAGGAACAAGAAGUUUGAAGUUAAGAUCAAAAAUAGUUAUAGAUAGUCCUCACAAGACCUCGCAAAAUUCAAAUGAUAGAAAAGUUUCAGAAACAAGAGAAAUGAUAAGUUCCACAUCUAAAAAAAGUAAAACACCAAAAAGUACAGAUAAACAUGAAUGCCUUGAAUGUGGUACUACUUUUGCUCUGAAGGGAAAUCUACUUAAACAUUUGGUCAUCCAUCAAGAAAAGCGGCCAUUUUCUUGCUCUAAAUGCGAAGCAACUUUUAAACGCAAACUUAAUCUGAAGGCCCACAUGUCCACGCAUUUAGAGGAGAAAGAAUUUGAGUGCCCCGUAUGCAAAAAAAGAUACACUCGCAAGUUGAAUCUGGAUGAUCACAUGAAAGCCCACUCCGGUCACAAACCUUACACCUGUUUAGUCUGCGCCCGGACUUUUUCGUGUGGUAGUAACCUCCGCAGACACAUGGUUUCGCAUACUGGUUUGCGUCCCUUUGAGUGCGAGGUUUGCGGGAAAAAGUACGGGCGAAAGUCGAUCUUAACUGAACACAUGGCUUCGCACUCUCGGGAGCAGCCAUUCAGCUGUUCAAUUUGUAAGAAUAAAUUCUCGCUUAAAAAUACACUUCGUAAACACAUGCGAAUUCACGACAAAGAGCGGAAGUAUAAGUGUUCGGAGUGUGAGGCGACGUUUAGUCAGAAAGUGCAUUUGAAUCAACACAUGUUUAAGCACACAGGAGACAAACCAUUCAAGUGUUCAGUUUGUCAAAAAGGUUUCACUCGGAAAGCUUAUGUCCAACAACACAAAAAGUUGUACUGCUUCGGUCCCCGGAACCAAAGACUCGCCCACAAACAGGCCCAAAGCCCCGCCCAUGACCCUGACCACAAACAGAUCCAAAGCCCUGCCCAUAGUCCCGCCCACAAACAGGGUAGAGCGGCGGAUACACAAGAGGGACAAACAGGUGAAUGAGAGAGAGCUUCUAAAUUGUCUCUGCGACACACUACUGAAAACUAAUAGAUGCAUAUGUAUAAGUUUUCUGAAAGAGGGUACGCCGUGAUGUUAUUGCUUUAAUUUAAAUGCUCCACAGUAUGGGAAUUAAAGUGGGACUAAGCACCUAAACUCUGCCCUCAAUCAUAUUUCAAAUAGAGCUGCUAAACUGGGAAGUGUCUGGCAGACUAAAGGUGAGGGGGGAGGAGAGGCGGGGUCUGGAGGUGUAAGGAACAGUGUGAUUGGUCAAAUAGAUAAUCACACUUCAAAGUCCGCCCACAGGUGAUUAAAAACACCUGGCUGUAAUCAGGGUAGAGGUGUGUGAUGUCACCAAAUACCUGAAAUUGAAGCCAGGACACUCUAUUUUUAUACAGUUUUGCAAAUGUUCCUAGUUUGCAUUUAAAUUGCCAAAAAUGACUAGGAACAGUAGACGGUACUAUUAACACCAUAUCAGUAGUUUAGUGGCAAGAAGGUGAUUUAGUGUUUAGUUCCACUUUUAUCCAUCUAUUUAGUCAGUUGCAAGUGUUUUUAUCGCUGAAAAAUACCUUGGAAAACUAUGCAUUCUUAUUGUGAACGGACUCACUUCUUACUAUUGUAUUGCAUUGUAUUGUAUGUGCUGUGUGCUGUCUGCCUCUAAUGAUAAAACUGUCUAUCCUUCGUGAACCAGGAAAUAAAGCUGUUAGCUUGUUUAGUUUUUGUUAGUUGUGGGGUGAUGCCAACACUCCACCCUUGCCUCUGA